AUGGUCGUGAAGGCAUGCAAUCGCUGUCAUUCCGCCAAAGAAAAAUGCACCUUUAACGGAGCUGAUCAACAAUGCACAAGAUGUCGGCGUUUGAAGAUCCCAUGUUCGAUAUCCCGCCGCAGUGGACGCAUCGGACGCAGACCAUCCGCCAAGGCCUUCCCACAUGGCCAAAUGCAGGUCUGGAGUGUGGAGACGAGAGAGCAGCGCAGCGACUCUGAACUUACUAGUCGCCAGGCGACAUCGUCGCGUGCGCCGAGCCGCGGGUCGGACUCGGGUUCUCAAUCUGAUGCCAUAGAGGAACUGGGAACACCCAAUAAUAAUUAUAAUAUCGUGAUGCAGUCGCCAGAGCGACUGCUCGCUUGUCCCAGAAAACUUCAAACAACCGCAGACGCAUUGCAGACAGUGAUGGACGUGGAGCAGUUUUCGGCCAUCCAUACACCUUUCAUGAUGGGUGCCAGCUUCAUACCCGAGGCACAACGCACCGUGUAUCACAUCUUGUCUUUAUCGGGGCCGACUUUGACGGAAGGAUAUCUCGCUUUCCUGGGGUUGAUGACCCAGCACCAAAAGUCGCUUGUUGUGCGACCUCAACAACCCGACAUGCGCAAAGCGGCGAAAGGAUUGCAGCGCUUGCGGGAUGUCAACAUCCAGAACGAUUAUGACGCGGCCUGUACGCUGUUUCUCGGACAGACCAUGUACUUGUUCAACGUGCUCAGCGCCCCGUAUUCGAAUACCGCACAUUCCAUCAUUCGGAGCGCACUCCUAUCGGUCAAGCCAUGGUUCCCGCGACUGGUGCGAUAUCCAAUCAUGGAUACCAUUAUCAUGUCCCCGAUGUUGAUCGAUACGGUCGAAUGUCUGGCGCAUCGUGAAAUUCCCAUAAUUCGAUUUCCUGAUGCCGGGCGAGUUAUUAUUGAUCGAUAUGCGGGGAUUUGUGCGACGCUCUUACCUCAUCUAUAUGAUAUCUGUGAAUGUAGUCAUCUGUUCAAGAAGAGCAUGUUGGAUGACAGUCCCACGCAUGCUGGAUUUUAUGAGCAGCUCGCUGCGAUCGAGGAGAGAAUUCAGGAAUGGGUACCCCCGACCCCACCUGAGCUGUAUAAUAAUUUCGCUCAACAUGAGGUGUUGGCCAUGGUCACACAAGCCAACGUCUACCGUCUUGCAGGACUCUUGGUUAUCCACCGCCAUCGGUAUCCGCUUGGGGUGGAAGACGAUAAGGCUAGAGUGCUGGCCGAGAGCAUCUUUUGCACGAUGGAGAUGUUUAGCGAAUCCGCUGCCAAGAAAGCUACCGGCUUACCCAUGGUCUUUCCAAUAACGAUGGCGAUGCUUGAGAUCGAAGGACCAGGUGAAGCAUUGUUGGAUAAAUUAUCAUCGUUCACCGUGCAGGCAAUAAGUGCAUCACGACUGGAGGGAUUUGUAAAACAGAUCAGAACAGCCAGGGACACAGGAUAUGAGGGGGUCUGGUUUGAACUAGUGGAGACCCAGCUGCAAGUAGCGAUGCCGCCCUAG